GGCAGAGCGGGAAGAGGCUGAUUUACAAGGCAGAUGGGCCUCUGGCUGCAGCCCUCAGCUCUGCACCCAGCCCCGGCCACCCCGUGGGCUAUAAGAGCACCCAGACUUCCGGACGGACCUGGGGCGGGUGCCAUGUGACCCGGGCCUGGGCGUCCCUCCUGCCGCCGGUCCUCCUUUCUCCCGCCUCCCGCCUGCCUGGGUCUCGCAGCCCCACCAGAGCGCCUGCUAGGGACCAUGUCUCUGCUCAGCCCUGUCCUGCGGCCCCCGCAGGUGAAGGCCUAUCUGAGCCAAGGCGAACGCUUUAUCAAAUGGGAUGACGAAACGGCAAUGGCCUCCCCGGUUAUCCUCCGUGUGGAUCCCAAGGGUUACUAUUUAUACUGGACAUAUCAGAGUAAGGAAAUGGAGUUUCUCGAUGUCACCACCAUCCGGGACACCCGCUUUGGGAAGUUUGCCAAGAUGCCCAAGAGCCAGAAGCUCCGUGAAGUCUUCAACAUGGACUUCCCUGACAACCAUUUCCUGCUGAAGACGCUCACUGUGGUGUCCGGCCCCGACAUGGUGGACCUCACCUUCCACAACUUUGUCUCCUAUAAGGAGAACGUGGGCAAGGACUGGGCCGAGGAUGUCCUGGCCUUGGCCAAGCACCCGCUGACGGCCAACGCCCCUCGCAUCACAUUCCUGGACAAGAUCCUGGUGAAGCUCAGAAUGCAGCUCAACCCUGAGGGGAAGAUCCCCGUGAAGAAUUUUUUCCAGAUGUUCCCUGCUGACCGAAAGCGGGUAGAAGCUGCUCUUGGUGCCUGCCACCUUCCGAAAGGCAAGAACGAUGCCAUCAAUCCAGAGGACUUCCCGGAAUCCGUAUUCAAGAGUUUCCUCAUGAGCCUGUGUCCUCGGCCAGAAAUAGACGAGAUCUUCACUUCCUACCAUGCUAAGGCCAAACCUUACAUGACCAAGGAACACCUGACCAAAUUCAUCAACCAGAAACAGCGAGAUUUGCGGCUCAACUCCCUGCUGUUCCCACCCGCGCGGCCUGAGCAGGUGCAGGGCCUCAUUGAAAAGUACGAGCCCAGCGGGAUCAAUGUGCAGAGAGGCCAGCUUUCACCCGAGGGCAUGGUGUGGUUUCUGUGCGGGCCAGAGAACAGUGUGCUGGCUCAGGACAAGCUGUUGCUGCACCACGAUAUGACACAGCCCCUGAAUCAUUACUUCAUUAACUCCUCACAUAACACCUACCUGACAGCUGGCCAGUUCUCGGGCCUGUCCUCGGCUGAGAUGUACCGCCAGGUGCUGCUGGCUGGCUGCCGCUGCGUGGAGCUGGACUGCUGGAAGGGGAAGCCGCCCGAUGAAGAGCCCAUCAUCACCCAUGGCUUCACCAUGACCACGGAUAUCUUCUUCAAGGAAGCAAUUGAAGCUAUUGCAGAGAGUGCCUUUAAGACCUCCCCCUAUCCUGUUAUCUUGUCUUUUGAGAACCAUGUGGACUCACCCCGCCAGCAGGCUAAGAUGGCUGAGUACUGCCGGACCAUGUUUGGGGACAUGCUGCUCACGGAGCCGCUGGAGAAGUUCCCACUGAAGCCAGGCAUCCCCCUGCCCAGCCCUGAGGAUCUCCGGGGCAAGAUCCUCAUCAAGAACAAGAAAAAUCAGUUUGCUGCUCCAGCAGCGCCCAGCAAGGAGCAUGCUGGGGAGGCUGGUCCACCCAGCAGCCCCACCAGCGAAGAUGCUGGAGUGUGGGUUGGAGAGGAGGUGGCUGAGCUGGAAGAGGAGGAAGAAGUGGAGGAGGAGGAGGAGUCGUUGGGAAACCUGGACGAAGAGGAGAUCAAAAAGAUGCAGUCGGAUGAGGGCACAGCAGGCCUGGAGGUGACAGCCUAUGAGGAGAUGUCCAGCCUGGUCAAUUACAUCCAACCUACCAAGUUCAUCUCUUUUGAGUUCUCUGCCCAGAAGAACCGCAGUUAUGUCAUCUCCUCCUUCACCGAGCUCAAGGCUUCUGACCUGCUCUCCAAGUCCUCGGUGCAGUUUGUGGAGUACAACAAGCGCCAGAUGAGCCGCAUUUACCCCAAGGGCACUCGCAUGGACUCUUCCAACUACAUGCCGCAGAUGUUCUGGAAUGCCGGGUGCCAGAUGGUUGCCCUCAACUUCCAGACUAUGGACCUACCCAUGCAGCAGAACAUGGCACUGUUUGAGUUCAACGGGCAGAGUGGCUACCUCCUCAAGCAUGAAUUCAUGCGCCGGCCGGACAAGCAGUUCAAUCCCUUCUCAGUGGACCGCAUCGAUGUGGUGGUGGCUACCACCCUCGCUAUAACGGUGAUCUCCGGGCAGUUCCUGUCAGAACGCAGCGUGCGCACCUAUGUGGAAGUAGAGUUAUUUGGUCUCCCUGGGGAUCCCAAGAGGCGCUACCGCACCAAGCUGUCCCCUAAUGCCAACUCCAUCAAUCCUGUCUGGAAGGAGGAACCCUUCAUCUUUGAGAAGAUCCUGAUGCCUGAGCUGGCCUCCCUCAGGGUGGCUGUGAUGGAGGAAGGAGGCAAAUUUCUUGGACAUCGCAUCAUACCCAUCAAUGCCCUAAAUUCUGGAUACCACCACCUGUGCCUGCACAGCGAGAGCAACAUGCCCCUUACCAUGCCUGCUCUCUUUGUCUUCUUGGAGAUGAAAGAUUACGUACCUGACACCUGGGCAGAUCUCACAGUGGCCCUUGCCAAUCCCAUCAAAUUCUUCAAUGCCCAUGACAAGAAGUCUGUGAAGCUCAAGGAGGCCAUGACAGGUGUGCCUGAGAAGCCCUUCUCAUGUGGGAGUUCAGUAGCUGGGCCAGUCAAGGCGCCAUCAGCCCCUAGCAGCAACGGGUCAGCAGAGCCGCGCACCGCCAGCCUGGAGGAGCUGCGGGAGCUGAAGGGCGUCGUGAAGCUGCAGAAGAGGCACGAGAAGGAGCUGCGGGAGCUGUUGCGGCGAGGCGCACGGCGCUGGGAGGAGCUGCUGCAACAGGGAGCGGCACAGCUGGCGGAGAUGGGCUCGCUGGGGCCGGGGGCUUGUGGGACCCGCAAGCUCGGCCCCAGCAAGGGCUCCCGCAAAAAGAGGUCUUUGCCUGGUGAGGAGACCCCCGGCGCCCUACCGGUAGAGGGCCCCGAUUGUGCGGACUCGCUUGUGCGGGAGCUGAAAGACCGGUUGCAGCUGGAGCUGCGCCGACAAGGCGAGGAGCAGUGCCAGUGUGUCCGGACGCGCAGGGAACAGCAGGCAGCUGAGCAAGUAGCCAAGAUGAUGGAGCUGGCCAGAGAGAAACAUGCCGCGGAGCUGAAGACCCUCAAGGAGACCUCAGAGAUUGACACCAAAGAGAUGAAGAAAAAGCUGGAGGCCAAGAGGCUGGAGAGGAUCCAGGCCAUGACCAAGAUCACCACAGACAAGAUGGCCCAAGAAAGGUUGAAGAGAGAGAUCAACAACUCCCACAUCCAGGAAGUGGUGCAGGUCAUCCAGCAGAUGACCAAGAACCUGGAGCGGUACCAGGAAAAGCUGGAGGAGAAGCAGGCCGCCUGCCUGCAACAGAUCCGGGAUAUGGAAAAGCAGUUCCAACAGGAGGCACUGGCGGAGUACGAGGCCAAGAUGAAGGGCCUGGAGACUGAGGUGAAGGAGCUGGUGAGGACCUGGAUCUUUCUGGAGCCGGGGCAGCCCAACGAGCAGGAAUCACGCCCAGCCCAGGAUGCCGAGGAGAGCCGCCUCUGACAUGCCAUUGCCUCCGGGAUGCUUAGCCAGGACACUCGGCCCCUUCCCGGUGCUAUGGCGGUACCCCACCUCAGCGCUCAGACCACAGGAAGAGGAUGUUUGGGGGUGCUUUGGCUAGCCCCUCCUCAGCAGCCAGGCCAGAGAAGGAGUGGGGAUCAGGGUAGAGACCAGGACAUCUUCCUUAAGCUGUGUUCUUGCUCCCCAAGAAACUCCCCACCUCUAGAUGAGUGCCACAUGGUGUUCAAGGGCAGAAGAACCUGGACUGAGAGGCGGGACACGGAGGUGCUGCCCCAUUAUGCCUGUUCUAGGGUACAGUGAUGCUGCCCACUACUUCCUCACCUGGAACCUCCACUCUAGCUCCUGUGGUUCAGGGAGAGCCAAACCCCAGACCCUCCACCCUACAGUGAGCAGCUGCCCGGCUCACCCAGAGUCCGUCUCCUCAUCAGUCCCUUGAGGCUGAGCCCUGAGCUACCUCCAGGCUCCCCAGGGAUGGCUGUCCUCCUGGGAUCCAGGCGGAGGCCACUUCCUGCCUGCGAAGAAUGUGGCUGGUAGUGAGGGAGGGCCCAGUUCUUGGGCACUCUCCCACCCUGUAUGGGGCUCACCUCUGUGCCUAGGUCUGGGAGUGGGUACUUGCUGACAUGUACCCACUCAGGCUGCCUGACAAGGGCAGCAUCAUGUUCCCUUCUGAAUUUAUGAGGUUUAUUUAUUUGUCUCCUUCCUAAUUUCCACUAAAGAACCCUGUCCCGA